AAUUUUUCUUAAGGUGGUGCUUGUCACGGCUGGAUUUUUCGUGAUCCAUCUCGGAGUGUCGGUGGUAAGCUCGAAGUGGCUGGGAUACUUGAGCUGCGUUGGAGCCUGGUUUCAGCUAGUCUCCACUCUCGUUGUCGCGGUGACGCUCAUCAGCAUAACUCCCAAGUUCCAGAGCUUCCAGUUCGUCUUUACGAAGUUUGUCAACGCUCCAGGCCAGGGGAUCCACAGCAAGUCCAUGGUGGUAGCGCUCGGCCUUCCUUACUUGCAGGCGAUCCUCACGGGAUUUGAUGUGGGAUCGCACAUCGUCGAGGAAGUAAAAACUGCGGCAAUCGCUGGGCCAAGAGCGAUGGUGAGGAGCGUCUACGCCACAGCGGGAGUCGACCUGAUGCUACUCUUGGUCAUGACUUUCUGCAUCGUAAAUCCGGACGACCUUCUCUCGGAGAACACAGCAACCGGAGGAGGCAAUGCAUCCGGCGGCAUCCAGCUCUUCUACGACUGCUUCCAAGCUCGAUACAGCCACGGUACUCUGGGAGCAGUAAUCUUCACAGGCCUAGCAGCGGGGUCACUGUUCUUCGCCAACAUCAUCAACGUCACGCUCACAGCAAGAUGCGUGUACGCCAUGGCCAGAGACCUGGGACUUCCAUUCCACGCCACUCUAACCAAACUGACCGCUCGCGAGAAAAUCCCUGUCAAUGCCACCAUCGCCACCGUGAUCGCUGCCUUCGCCGCCACGCUCCCAUCCCUGGGAAGCGAGGUAGCAUUCACGGCAAUCGCCGCCAUGUCCACAGUCACAGCCUUCAUCCCCUACACGAUCGUGUUGAUUUGCAAGCACCUGGUGAGGAAGAGGGAUCUUCCUCCGGGCCCCUUCUCGCUGCGCGGCUGGGGAGCAUACCUGGGAGGCGUGGGAGCGAUGUGGGGAAUGGCGAUCACGCUGCUCUUCUGCCUGCCGCCUACGCUGCCCAUCCGGCUCGCGACCUUCAAUUACACGGCGCUAUCACUGGCGGGGACGCUCGUCGCGGGGAUCGCCUACUGGAUCGCGCACGGGAGGCACACGUACGCCGGCCCUCGCAGGACCAUUUGAGAAGAACAUUCCCAAAAGAGAAUAUGCUAUUAGGUCAAUAUAUUCAU